CCUCAUCAUCCAUCAGGACUCGCAUGACAAGAUUUAUUUGCACCUUCAAGAUGGCAAGAGAAAGUAAGAACAAGACCUCUGUUCUUCAGUCAGAGGUGUCACACAGAUGCAGCUCACGCUGUCUCGGUCCUCUGACCUUCCACAAUCAGGCUGUGGGAGAAAAGGUCCGCUUGAGUCAUGGAGGUCGACUCGCAGAGAAGACUGAGAACACCUUCAAGAAUGGGCUGGUGUUCAGCAACCGUCCAGUGAAGAUCCAGGAGAAGAUUCAUCUGAGAGUGCAGAGGGAUUCGACCAACUGGGAGGGAGCUCUGCGUGUGGGCUUUACCACUGUGCCACCCUCAAGGUACAUGCUGUAA